ACUCCACUCUUGAGUUAACCAUUGAAAGCUAAUUCAAGUAAACAUCAUCGUGAUGACUAAGAGUUAUUAAGGUGGGCGUAAAGAAGUCAGCCUCUGUACAGACAACACCCAACAGCACCACUUGCUCGCUGUGCCCAGCAUGGAUGCUGCAGAUCGGAGGAGUGUGUUCAGAGUGCUGGUCAGGGCACUGACAGAAAGGAUGUUCAAACAUCUUCGAAGAUUGUUUGUCACUCACAUAUUUGGGCGUUCACGGCAACGAGCAAGGUUGGUCUCCAAAGAUGGAAGGUGUAACAUUGAGUUUGGCAAUGUAGAUGCACAGUCAAGGUUUAUAUUCUUUGUGGAUAUCUGGACAACUGUGCUGGACCUGAAAUGGAGGUACAAAAUGACCGUGUUCAUCACAGCCUUCUUGGGGAGUUGGUUCCUCUUCGGUCUCCUGUGGUAUGUGGUAGCGUAUGUUCAUAAGGACCUCCCAGAGUUCUACCCACCUGACAACCGUACUCCUUGUGUGGAGAACAUUAAUGGCAUGACUUCAGCUUUUCUGUUUUCUCUAGAGACUCAAGUGACCAUAGGUUACGGAUUCAGGUUUGUAACGGAACAGUGUGCCACUGCCAUUUUUUUGCUUAUUUUCCAGUCUAUUCUUGGAGUGAUCAUCAACUCUUUCAUGUGUGGCGCCAUUUUAGCCAAGAUCUCUAGACCCAAAAAACGUGCAAAGACCAUUUCAUUCAGCAAGAAUGCAGUGAUCAGCAAGCGUGGCGGGAAGCUCUGCCUCCUCAUCCGAGUGGCCAAUCUUAGGAAGAGCCUUCUGAUUGGCAGUCACAUAUAUGGCAAGCUUCUGAAGACAACCAUCACUCCGGAAGGAGAGACCAUUAUUUUGGACCAGACCAAUAUCAACUUUGUAGUUGAUGCGGGCAAUGAGAAUUUGUUCUUCAUCUCCCCGUUGACAAUCUACCACGUUAUCGACCACAACAGCCCUUUCUUCCACAUGGCAGCAGAAACGCUUUCCCAGCAGGACUUUGAGUUGGUUGUCUUUUUAGAUGGCACAGUGGAGUCCACCAGUGCAACUUGCCAGGUCCGCACGUCGUACGUUCCAGAAGAGGUGCUUUGGGGCUACCGUUUUGUUCCCAUUGUAUCCAAGACCAAGGAAGGGAAAUACCGAGUGGAUUUCCACAACUUUGGUAAGACGGUGGAGGUGGAGACCCCUCACUGUGCCAUGUGCCUCUAUAAUGAGAAAGACGCUAGGGCCAGGAUGAAGAGAGGCUACGAUAACCCUAACUUUGUCUUGUCAGAAGUUGAUGAAACAGAUGACACCCAAAUGUAGCAGUGGCUUUUCCCCUCUUGAGAACCUAGGGGCUAGCUGUGUUCAGAAGCAUCCGGCAGUUGGGGGUCUGAAAGCAGGAUGAGAACCUGCGAAGUCUACCAGCACAGUCUCCCCUGAACCCCGUGGCUAUGAUUCUACGAGACUCAUAGCUCUGUAAGUCUGCAGUAGCGUACGGUGGAUGCGUAUGAACGAAACUGGCUUGUGGAAACCCAACGGAGCUCACUUGGAUCUUUACUAUGACUGUGUAAACUCAUACAGCGUGGAUGGGAGAAAAGCCAUCCAAGGACAUGUAAUAGAGAAAAAUUAGAAGCUUUAGGAAGCUGCAGGAGGUAGUCAUAUUUCCUGUUUGAUUCCAUGGAUGAGAAAGAUGCCACCUUUACCUUAAAGUAGACUUUUAUCAAUGGAAAAAUCUGUCCUCUGAGUUGGGACGUGAGCCAGCCAAUCGCUGACAGUAAGAGACUGUCAUACAAAGAAUCACUAAAGGCCCUAAGUUCUUAAGCUCUGCUGUUUGAAGCCUUUGAGUCUGGGCCCAUGUUUCAGUAAGGCUAAGGUGGCAUCCAGUGACUGCACCUCUCAGAACCAAGGUACAGAGGAACAGGAAGCCCCAACCAAUUUCAUAACCAACCCAGAUGCUGCAGCCCAUAUAGAAAUUGGCCUGAAUGAUUUCCUGUGGUAUGUUAAAGGGAGGCCAAGUCCAUUCUUUAGACACUAAAGAAACAUUCUCUUGCAAAGGAGAAAGUGUUGGUAAAGAGGCUGAAGAGAUGACUCUUUGUAAAGUUCUUGCUGUGCAUGCGUGAAGACCUGGGUCUGGACUGCCUACACCCACAUGCAAAGCCUGACUUAGUAGCAUGCCCCUACAAUCCUAGUACUGGGGAGGUGGGGAUAGGAGCAUGUCUCAGGUUUGCUGGCCAGCUGAAUGGGUGGAGUCCUUCCCAGUUCAGCGAGAGACUGUUGAAAAAAAUCAAGUGAAGGAGCUGGAGAGAAGACUCUGGUUAAAAGCACUGUGGCUGCUCUUCCAGAGAGCCUAGGUUUGAUUCUCGGCCACAGUGCUUCAUAACUAUCUACAGCUCCAGUUUCAGGGCAUCAUCUGAGGUUCUUCUUUUGUUUCCACCAGGUACACAGACAUACAUGCAAGCAAAACACAAUAUACAUAUAAUUUUAAAAAACCAAGGUAGAGAAUGACUGAGGAAGAAAUCCUAUGCCAACUUCCAAUCUGCACGCACACA